UAUUUUUGUGUUCUUCUAAGGUUGCUGCGAGCCUGCGAUCUGAGAGAAGACGACAUUGCAAGUUGGAAGCAUAAGCAUGAAUGUAGAAGAAGAGGUUGGGCGCCUCAAGGAAGAAAUCAAGAGGCUUGGCAAGCUGCAAACAGAUGGUUCGUACAAGGUUACAUUUGGAACACUAUUUAACGAUGACCAAUGCGCAAAUAUAUUUGAAGCACUUGUUGGGACACUAAGAGCCGCUAAAAGGCGGAAAGUACUGACAUACGACGGUGAGCUACUGCUGCAAGGAGUUCAUGAUAAUGUGGAAAUCACUCUUAAUCCCACCCCUGCUGCUGCUGCUGCCGACGACUGAUACACUUGCCAAGAGUCAAGGAUUUAUAUAUGUUGCUCGAAUCAACUUGUUUUCUAAUGAUUUGUGUAAUAUACUUAUGUGCUUGAGUGGGAGACGACUUCAGAAGUUCAUGCACUCAUUGCUAUUUAGUUUUGAGGUAUGAAUGUGUGAAACGCUAUGUAACCAAAAAAAAAGAGAGAGCGUGAAUCGCUAUAAAUAACUUGUGGGUGCUAGUUUUGUAUGCAGUGAUCCUAUCAUCUGCUUCUAUUCAUUAUGUUUUUCUUUUCUGCAGCGUGAAAAUAAGCUUUCUUUCAGAAUGUUGUCCUCCAGAUUUCUGUAUUGCACAAAUCCUAUGUUGG